AUGGCGAACCGCCUGACUUUCUGCAGGAGGAUUUGGUAUCAGGUGCGCUAUUAUUUCGUGAGACUUUGCCGGAGCCUCCGAAAAUUAUGGAAUGUCACUAAGCGCUAUUUCAGUAAGAAACAGGAAGAAGAAUUCGGCCCUACAUGUGAGAGUAUUUUUCACAGAGAAAAAAUUAUGACGUUUGGCAGCAUGUUGAAGGAUACAUCUCUACCCACAGCAAGGAGAGCUCACGCUGUCCAGAAAAUCGGAUUGCUGGCGUUCACAGGAGGACCAAGCGCUGGGCAGUUUGCCUCUGAAUACAUGAAAGACGUGGCUGACAUGAUACAAAACGAAAAGAUGAGUCCCAGGUCCAAGAUCCAGGUGCUCCAGGGCCUGGCAUGCUGGUGCUACCUAAACCCCGCGAGCCAGAAGAAGGCCAGCGACUUUCAGUUCAUUUCCACCCUCGUCAGUUUUUUUGAAACCCCCCAAACGACUGUCAGAAGUGAAAUCAACAGCCAGCUCCUGGUUCAGUUCUGGACAUGUUAUGCUCUGUCUGCUAUAACGUGUAAUAACUCGCCCAUCAUAAAGGAGCUGAGGGAAUUCAGCACCCUCAAAUAUCACCUACAAAUCUUGGCUAUGGAGAACUGGUCUGGGUGGCCUGAGAACUUUGCAGAGGUGUUGUAUUUCCUCAUUGGUUUCCACAGGAAAUAA